GGGAACCAUGGAGCGUCUAGCAAUGUCAGUGCUACAGUUUGGUGAUCAGGAUUAUGACCAUGAACACACAAGUGUUUCUGAUGCUAAGAAUAAAUCAUUCCUCAAGUUCUUACAUAAAGUAGAUGAAGGAUAUGCUACAACAGGUGUGGACUCUAAUGUACAGCCUGGCGGAGAUUUGAACAACUACCUGAGGGAUUUAAAAUCUAGUUCAAGCAAUCACUCGGGGAACAUGCGUAUUUCAAAAAGUCGAGAAUCACUUGAACUGCAGGCAAUUUUACGAGGGUUAGACAACACUGGUAACUGGCCGCUAUCUUACUCGCAAGAUGGUGCAAGUGAUCGACAAAGUGUUGGUCAAUUCACACGCCCUGUAUCGAGGGUUUCCUCUCGUGGAGCGUCACCAGGUUACCGGUAUUGUUUAUUGAGGAAAAGGUUUUAUUCGGUGUGGCCCCCAUCGACACCUAGAUCAUCCUACCAGGUAUUGUCUGCAAAAAAACUUUGCGCUUCUAUACGAUCAGGCAGUUAUCUAGGACGUCCCUCUUCAACAGUUUCAGUCAAUGAUGAUGAUGAUGAUAUUUUGGAAAGUGACGCUGGUCAGGUUACCUCAGCAACUAUCUGUAGACCAGUAUGGACACCUGCAGAAUCAAUGGAUGAUUCUCUCUUGGACGCACGUCAUGAUGACACUGAUUCUGAUGGAGGAAAACGUAGGGGGAAAGAACGCUCAUUUCUUACUAAUAACUCUCAAUUAUAUAAAGUUGAUGAAGAAAAUACAUCAGAAGUUAAAUCUUAUCGAUCUGGCAGAUCUGGCAGAAAAUCUCGUUCAAAGAGAUCAAAAUCAGGAACCGGCUCGGAAGAAGAGUCAUAUUCGAAAGGUUUACGGACAAAGAGUGAUGAUGCUGUAUCAGUCAAUGAGUUUUCAUUACCAAUGUUAGAAUCAGACCGUCUGCUUGGCCAGGAGAAAGAUGAUAGCAACCAAGAAGGUAACCAGACUAUAAACGAUGAACAGACUGGUUUUAGUGGUUCUACUGGCUCUUACUCUGACAUUUUAGCUUCAAAUCCAAACUCUAGGCCAGCAACUGCUGCCCAGUCUAGGCCUGCUUCUUCUACUAAACUCUCUAGACCAUCUUCAGCUCUAGCUAGACCUGCAUCUGCUGUAAAACAAGAAGAAAAAGAUGAUAAAAUGGGUAAAGUAGCUGUUGAUAUAAACUCUAAGAGUAACAAUGAUACAAUUGAUGUGGCUGUAAAAGCUGGUUCUAAAAUUGAUCAAAUUAAGAUAAGUAAAACAGAUGAUAGCAUUGAAGAGAAGAGUGAGGUUGUAAAACUGCCAGAAAAGGCUGUUGUGAAAGAUGUUGAAGUAAAAUCAGUUGAGAUUGAAAGAAAUGGUGCUGAAGUGAAAGGCAAAGAAGAAAAGGCAUUAAAGAAUGAUCGUAGACCAAGUGGUGCUAAAGUUGAAGAGAAGAAACAACCAGUUCCAAAAGCUGGGAAAAAUGUAAAUGAAAGGAAAACUGUAGGGAAACAGGUUACUCCAGGAAGAGGUGUACCUCCAAAACUUCCCAAGUCUGAAAAGAAAGCAACAGAAAGAGAUACUUCUUCAAAAGCAGGUCUUAAUAAAACUGUAUUAGAAGGUGAAGGGUUGUUAGAGAAUAUUUCUGAACCUGUUAGUAAGCUAGAUCCUGUCUCUGGUGAUGGGCACAUGGAAGUUGAUGGUGAUCUAGCAAAGGUCAUGAAAGGUCAUGAUAAUACAGAUGCCCAUGCUAUUGCAGCAGAAUUGGAUGCUCUUGGACUCCGAAAGAAAAGUAAAGGAGAGUUGACAUAUCCUUUGCUAGCACCAGGAAAACGACCAAAAGCUCCUCCAGAGAAAGCCAAGAUUCCAGAUCAUAUAGCCGAGGCUCUAAACAGGCAGACAGAUGCUUCCAUAGAAUACCUAGAACAAGAUCUUGAAAGAAGAGGAUUUUUGAAAGAUGGAAAAGUGACAGCAUUGGUUGGAGAGACAUUGUCAGGACCGACCCUCGAGGCUGUAGGUGAGGGUUUGACAGAGGAAGAGCUUGAACUUGCCAAACAAAUACUUCAGCAAAAAUUAGAUGAGGCUAAAGGUACACUUGAUGGUAAGCAACCUGCAGCUAAAGUUAAAGGUAAGAAACCAGCUGCAGGUAAGCCAGGGAAGAAGGGAGGAAAGAAGGGAAAAGGCAAGUCGAUCGAGGAGGAGAAAUCUCAAGAAGAAUUAGAUAGAGAGGCAAUUCGUGAAAAACAUGAGCAAGAGAAAAAGCUUGAAUACCUGAAGAUGCGUGAACAGGAGGCUGCAGAGCUUCAGAAAAAGAUUGCUGAGAAACAGCGCAUGUUGAAGGAGCAGAAUGACCUUAGCAGUGCAAGGUCAAAGGAGUUACAAGAAGAGAUGGAGAGGUUAGAGAGGGAAGCCGAGGCUAUACAGAGGGCCGAGGAUGAGGCGAGGGAAAUCCUUGCAGAUGUACGCAAAAAACAAAGGGAGGAGCGCGAGACAAGAAGGAAAGCUGAUCUAGAACGCAAGAAACAAGAGGCAUUAGACAGACGUGAACGAGAGAAGAAAGAAAUGGAAGAUAAGAGACGUAAAGAGAUGGAGAUGAUGGAGAAGAUAGCAGAUGCUGAGAUGAGGCGAAGAAUGAAAGAAGAGGAAGAAAGAAGAAUAGACGAGGAAGAAAGACUUGCUCAAGAGAAAUAUGAGGAGGAGAUGCGGGAGGCACAGAGGAUGGAGGAAGAGGAGGAGGAAAGAUUGAAGGAGUUAGAGAGACAGGCCGAGGAGGAGGCAAUGCAGAGGCUGAUUGAGGAGAGAGAGGCUGCUGAGAGGGAACGAAGGAGACUAAGAGAGGAGGAGGAGGCCUUACGAGAUGCUGAAAACAUUAGAAGACAAGCAAUGGAAGAAGAACAUCAAAGACUGGAGGCAGAGAGAAGAAAAAUGCAGGAAGCUGAGGACGCUAAGAGGGAGGCUGAGAGACAGAGAUUAUUAGAGCUUCGUCGUCUAGAACAAGAAGCGAGAAUAAAGAUGCAGGAGGAAAUUGAGAAACGACGUACUGACGCACUCGCAAGACGCGACUAUAAUCUCGAGAACAGACAACAUGUAGAUAAACUUAGACACUACCAAGGUAUAACUAGAGCAUGGACGUUUUCCUACUUUGUUCAGUGGCCUAGGGAAACAUAUGAAAGUCAUGGAAGGCGUAAGCUUGAGAGGAGGAAUAGACCUAUUGGAGCAGGUGAUCCACGCAAGGUAGUUAAAAUAAAUAAUCCUAAACCGAAAAAACCUGCUGAUGUUCCACCGGAAUCUGGAGAAGCACCUGCACCGGCUAUACCGUGAUAUUUCAAACAUUUUCAACCAGAUAAUUUACCACAUCUUCUGCUAAUGUAAAAAUGUUUCGGAAAUCAUGUUCAACAUUUUUCCAGUUAAAAAUUUUUAUUCAGUCAAUGUCACAGUCUGUCAGGGAGAAAUGUUUCACUUUUAUAUUAUCUCUCUUAAACAGCCUCGAUCAAACUGAUUUUGCAAUUUUUUAUAUAUAAUGUUGUUGUUUUCAUUGCUACCAUGGAGUGACCCCAUUUCAGGAAUUUUUUCAAAAACAUUUCAGUUUUAUUGAUAAGUCUGGUAAAAUGGAAAUAUAUACUUGAAAUUAAAAAAGAUUUUAAGUAAUGAAAUAUUAGUUCUUAAAGAAUUAUGAACAGUUAUGUUGAAUUUUAAUGUCUGUUUAUCUGUGAUGUUAGGGUAAAAUUUGUUAUGCUGUGAUAAACCAGUUGUCAUUAUAAUUAUAGAAUUAUGUUGCUUAAUAGAUAUUUGUUAUACUAUAUAGUCUUUGAUAAGAGUUUAUUUUAUUUAUUAAACCAUACAUUAAAUUUUAUUUAAUGAAACUUUACUGUUUUUUUAUUGAAGAUUUUUAUUCUCACUAGCAUAGACAAACUGAAAUCCUUUUUCAUUUUACUGCCAGUUUCUAUUCUGUCUGUAUGCCUACUUACAUUUUUUACAUGUAUAUAUAUUUCUGUGUGCACUUGUUACCAUGGUUUUCUGUUGUAAAUGUGCCUUUAUUAUUAUGUAAGCAAUAUAUACAAUAUACAACAAUAAAUUUUUCAAAUUUU